CACGUGACCAGGUCAGUUUACGACGCCGAGAAAUCAGUCAGAUGCGCGACGCUCUCCUAAAAAUGAUUGUGAUCUGCUGGAGAAAUCUGUCUGACACCACGAUGAACAGCAGACGAGCCUCAGCGGUGUGGCUCACCUAAACGAGCUGUGUGUUUUACAGCAUUCUCGUGUUUCUGACACCUUUACUGGGACGCGACAGACGAUCAGUGUGAAGCGGACAGAGACAAAGAGAAAGGCUCUCACAGCUAGAAUGCUUCGGGCCUAAAAGAAGCCAAGAGGAAACACAGCAGCGACGACUGAAGUGUGAAAGCUGCUGAUUGAGAAGCUGUGCCUCCGAGUGGACGCUGCUGAGCUGUAACUGGGAAGAAGCAUCGAGUUGUCUGGAAUCUUCUCUCUCAAUCCUCUUCCAAUGGUUCGCUGGUUGAGGCCAUGGCCUCUCAGUCAGGCAACAUGAACCGUGAAGACCGGAAUAUGCUCCGUAUGAAAGAAAGGGAAAGAAGAAAUCAAGAAAUCCAGCAGGGAGGAGAGGCCUUUCCAGCUAACUCUCCCCUCUUUCCUGAACCUUAUAAAUCCUGCAAGGAAGAUAAACUCUCAAGUCGCAUCCAGAGCAUGCUGGGAAAUUACGACGAGAUGAAGGAAACUAUCGGUGAACCCCCAAUCUCCAAACUCAUUCCCAAAGCCUCCAGCUCCUCGGACGAUAAAUCUGGGCAGUACGCUGACCAGCGUAGCGGAGGCACCCAGAGUCAGAACAACAAAUGGAAUCCAGUCAGCUCUUCCACAUCGUGCCCGACGUCCUCCGCUUCCUCCUCCUUACCGAAGCGUCCAUCCGUGCAGGGCAGCCGCAGCAGCGGUCAGCGGCAUGAGCAAAACUAUAGCAGCAGCAGCAAGAAGUCCAGCAAGCAUGGCUCCGAGCACAAACCCCUGUCCAGCCCGGCCAAGAGCUCCAGCGGACCCUCGCGCGUCCGCACCAAGUCUCCCAGGGACAGGGAACCCAACUGGGACUCGCCCUCAAGAGUUCAUUCCUUCUCCAGCGGACAGCAUCCCAGCCAGAGCUUCCCUCCUUCGCUCAUCAAACCCAGCUCCAUGCUCCAGAAACCCACCGCCUAUGUGCGUCCCAUGGACGACCGGGAAACGGCCGAGCCCAAGACCUCCUCGGAGUCGUACGGCGGUCAAUCACACAGCAGCGCCGUGGGAGAAAUGAAGCCCAAUGGCAAGGCUUCCCUCACCAAGCUCAAGAUCCCGACGCAGCCUGUCGAUGUGGCAAUGGGAGCAGAUGCCAGCUGUGUUGAUGAAAUAUUAAAGGAAAUGACUCAGGUCUGGCCUCCUCCGCUAACAGCCAUCCACACGCCCUGCAAGACCGAGCCGUCAAAGUUUCCUUUCUCCACCGCCAAGGACGUCCAGCAACUGUCUUUUGGAGCCCAAAAAAAACACUCAGGGCCAAAACUCUCCAAGCCAUCCGACAACAACGAGCAGUCCAACACGCUGCAUGAAGAUCUGAAGCUCAGCAGCAGUGAAGACAGUGACGGAGAGCAAGAUCCUGCUAAAAACCCCUCCACAAGUAACAACAGUAAUAACAGCGAGGCUCCUGAACAAGUGGACACCAGCAGUCACAGUUCGGAGAGCAGCUCUGGUUCAGACAGCGAGAGCGAGAGCAGCUCUACAGACAGCGAGAACAACGAGCCGCCUCGUCCUGCGUCUCCCGAGCAGGAGCAGCCCACGGCCAACAAAUGGCAGCUGGAAAACUGGUUCAAGAAAGUUCCUGUGGAGAACCGCAGCACGACGCCAACAAAGUAUAAGAAAGAGGGGCGAGGGGAAAGCUCCAGCAGGGUCUACAGUGGCUCGGGUUCGAAAGACCCGGCGCCAUCUGCCGGGCGAGACCUUCGGCCAAACCAGAAGGGGCAAGACCGGCGGAGUCAGAGAUCUCCUGCUCAGAGCGAGGGGGGGAGUCAGAAGGGGCGGCGACUGGAGGUGGGCAAGAAGCAGCCUAAAAAGCCAGAGAAGCCGCCUGCGGUGGAGGAACCCAAGUAUGGGCUCCAGGUGGAGACCGAACCCUCGCCCGAGAUCCCGUUGCACAGAGUCCGUGCGCCCAACAAGGGCCUCCGCAAGCCCAACAUCAAGAAGGAGCCCAAAACCUCCUCCCCUCGCCCAGCGCAAGACAAACGCAAGAAAACGACCAGCAAGUCCCGUGAGUUCAUCGAAUCCGACUCGUCAUCGUCGGACUCGGAGGGCAACGAAAGCGUCCCCUCGUCUUCACAGACACCGAGAGAGCAGUACACAGAGAACCCGUCCGUCCUGUUCUCGCCCAUGCUGUCCCCGCUGAGUGACCAAGAGGGCAGACUGCCGCCCAGACUGCUGCUGGUGCAGAUCGACCUCAGUCUGCUGUCCAGAGUGCCGGGUCGAGUCUACAAGGAGACCGAGGUCAAAGCAGAGAGGGGCUCCCCUGCUGAAGGAAAAGACUUCCAGAAACAGCCGGGAGAAAAGGGAGCCAGCAAGGGGAAGAGAAAACGCAAGAAUGAGGAUGAUGGUCUCAAACCAGACGGUAAGAAGUCCAAACUGGAUGAGAAGUCAUCGCACAAAUCCAGCAGUAAAGACUCGUCUAAGCAUGCUCCAGACAAAGAGAAGGAGUCUGCGCCGUCUCCUUCGAUCUCGCUGCAGCGGACGCCCAAAUCUGAGCAGCAGGGUCGCAAGCGGACGCUCAGCCAGUCCUCGGCCUCUGUGCCCAGCAGCAAGAGCAGCUCCAGCUCCAAACACCCCAGAAGUGACCACAAGCCCCAACGCAGGGAUGCCAAGGAGAAAAGCACUAAAGCGGAGAACCCCAUUGCAGUGCCGCCCCUCUCUGAUGGCUCUAAAAAUAGAUCCAAACUCCUCUUUGAGGACAGGAUUCAUUCGGCCGAUCAUUACCUUCAAGAAGCGAAGAAGCUGAAACACAACGCAGAUGCUCUGAUGGACCGGUUUGAGAAGGCCGUGUAUUACCUGGACGCUGUGGUGUCUUUUAUCGAGUGUGGAAACGCUCUGGAGAAGAGCGCCCAGGAGGCUAAAUCACCCUUCCCCAUGUACGCAGAGACCGCGGAGCUCAUCAAGUACACUAUGAAGCUGAAGAGCUACCUGGCGCCGGAUGCAACCUCCGCAGACAAAAGGCUAGCGGUGCUGUGUCUCCGGUGCCAAGCGCUCCUGUAUCUGAGGCUCUUCAAGCUGCGCAAAGAAAGUGCUCUCAAAUACUCCAAAACACUCACUGAACACUUGAAGAAUUCGUUGAGUAAUAACCAAGCUCCAUCUCCUGGAGUAGCAAAUAAGUCGGUGGGAAUGCCGUCUCCGGUCUCUCCUAAACUGUCUCCGGGCAGUGCGGGCAGCUUCUCGUCCAGCAGCUCCAGCCAGAGCUCCAGCUCCUCCGUCACCAUCCCACAGCGCAUCCACCAGAUGGCAGCCAGCUACGUCCAGGUCACAUCCAACUUCCUGUUUGCCAUCGAGGUGUGGGAGCAGGCCGAACAGCUCGCCAAAGAGCAGAGAGAGUUCUUCGCCGAGCUGGACAAGGCUAUGGGUCCGCUCAUCUUCAACACCAGCAGCAUGACUGAGCUGGUGCGGUUCACUCGGCAGGGCCUGCACUGGCUGAGACUGGACGCCAAGCUCAUUCAGUAGAGCCGUGAAACACACACACACACACUAGAUCUGCCUCAGACACCUCUGUGACACUGUGUUCAUUUCUACACCAGCUUGCCAAAAAUGGAAACACUCGAGGCCCCGCCCCUCCACCACAGACCUUAUGAAUAUUCAUGAGAGGGGAGGCGGCCAAACCGCACGUCUGUCCGAGCGCUCAUACACUGCAUCGUCCUGCUCGUAUCAUCAAACAGAGAAGAAAAACAGCCUGCUUUCUUACUUUGAAUCUCCUUUUGGUUUAUUUUCUGCUAGCUAUAAGCAAACAAGAAUAAUAACUGGAUGUUUAUGGCUUUUUAUUUCAACCAAAGUACCUCCCUUUAACCAAAGGUGCUUUAAAAUUGAGGUUUUCUCCUUUUAUCAUUUUAUCGUGCCUUGUAUUUGAUAUACAGGAAACCGAGAGACACAAUAUCUGGAAAUACACAUGUAGACUUGUACGCAGGGUGUGGAUUGCCAAAGGCUUGUAAAACGAGGAGCAGAAAGAGCAAAUAAUGAAUGCAGUGCUGACUGAUCCUCUUUCUUGUAUAGCAGACCAAACGACUGUUCGGCUCCGUAUCAAUGCAUUAUUACUCAUGUGUUUUAUUUUUGUUGUUUUUUUGGCCUGGCUUAUCCACAGAUGCCACAAAGGAAUAAUAGCCUGUCUACAACAAACUCCCAGGCCAAGACUUUUAUACGAAAUGUAGCGCUCGCAUAGGCGUCACUUUCUCUUGAUUUUCUGGUAUUAAACGCAGGAGUAUUUUAUUACCCUGGCUCAGCCUAAUAUAGAUUUUAUUUAGAUAACGGCAAAUCGCUUCGUUCCAGGUUGCGUUUUCACUCUUAGGUGUGGAUACAGGGUUGCAAUACGAGAUGAGAGACGUAUUUCUAUUGUAUAUGAAAAUAUCCUAUUUAAAUAUUUAAUGUGAGUCUUGAGGUUGCCUUUAUAGUGUCGUAGUCACCUCUGUGUUGCAGUUCUUUUAAAAGCAAGCAGUCAUGUAAGGAUAUAUUUAUGUGUUCUAGCAGUUUUAUAUCUGUACAUAUUACAUCGAGUGAUUAAUCUACAGACACACAGUAAAUCAGAUCGAGAAACGGAUAGGUUUAGCACCAGAAAGAGGAAGGUCAAGUGAAAAGUCAAUCCAAUGCUGGACACUUAGCAUCUCUUGCACUAGAAUCUUUCCUCUCAUUGGCUCCCAAACUGUUUUUUCUGUCUAUGCAGAUGUUUUUCUUGCUUGUUUGUGCAGAAGCUAACAAGGACUCGUGCCAAUUCAAAUGUUCAGCAGUUACAACAAACUUCUAGAGGUGAAACAUUUAAUGACUGGCCUCUGUCUCGAUAAAUCCAUCGUUUUGAUUGAGAGUCAGUAAAUGCAUUGUGUUAUAGGGGUGAGAUCUGUUAAUUGUGCUUUUAUGUAAAUGAAUUCAUGCACUAAUGUGAUUUCUGUACCAGAUUCAUGAUGAUAAAGUAACUGCAUAUGAAUAUGGGUUGUUUAAAAGGAUUCUCCCAUAGCCUUUUUGGCUUCUCCAGACAUGAAGGUGUGUCCUUUUUUUUUUUUUUUUUUUUUCAGUUUUUACCGUUUUUGUAUUUUCUACUAGAGUUCAUGAUAGUGCUUUAGAGACUCAGACUGACUGAUUGAUUUAAAUCCAUCUCUAAUUUUCUUUGUGAUCAUAUCUGUACGAGGGUAAGAGUUUUUUUUUUUUUUUUUUUUUCACCCUUUUGAAAAA